CCAUCUUGACAGUUGAGGCGGUCCACUUCCGAGAUUACCCGCACAGUAUCCCCGCUACGCCUGUUUCCAGGUUGUAGGCUGCUAAAGGAAUAUCGUAACAUCGUGGAAUUUCUGUCCUAUCCACGGUCGCCACUCUUGUUAGUUCGCUGUACCUUUCGCUUUUCAGCAGCGUGGAGUAAGUUCCACAUCGUUUGGAACCUCACUCUCAGCCAACACAAUGAUCACCAGAAGAAGAGGCCUCUGCAAUACUGAGCUGAAAUCCCUAGAGGUCGAAGUGAGCAGUGCUGUGAAGACUAUAGAAGAUUUCCCAAAUCUCCCCGAGGAUUUCCCAGCCGAUGACUUUGACAGUGCUGGAAUCGAGCUGGAUGACUUGUUUGCAAUUGAAGGCCUAAAAUGGACUCUUGAGCGAGACACAACCCCCCCGCUCUUUGACACAGAGCUUGGUGAGUACAGUGGCAAGAAACAAGAUUGUGGAGCUGAAGUCUCAACUGCCUCCUCUCCAGAGAGCGUGUCGUCUGCCUUGAAGAUAAGGAACAAGCAGCAGCAGCAUUCCCUCAAUCUUAUAAACAAAAACGCUAUUGCCGCUAGGUUGAAUCGCCUCAAAAAGAAGGAGUAUGUUAACAGCCUGGAAAAGAAAGUGGGUAUGAUGUCCACAGAAAACAACAUGCUCAAAGUGGAAAACUCUCAGUUGACCAAAAGAGUGGAGGAACUAGAAGAUGAGACCAGGGCGCCGACUCAAACGAGCACGACUACGCGCUCCCAAGGAAACGUGUGAAAGUGGAGGAGAAAGAGACAUCGGGCGGCGUGUGCCUCCAUGUGGACAAGAACCAUGUGUCAGUGGAGUUCUGCACUAAGUGUGCAGAGAGUGCAAGCACAUCGCUUAAAAUUUUCUUCUAGGUAAUGGUUGAUCUACAAUGAAGGAUGAAUGGCUUUCUGAACACCUUAACCUGCUUGACUCCAUGGUAAGGAUCAGACUAGACCGUGCUCAUUUUUCUUGCCCCAUAAGAUUUAAGACAUCCAGCAUUGACAACGCUACUUUUACUUUUAAAAAUAAUUUUGGUAUGACAACAGUUUGAGCAUGAAUUAUUUUUGGUAGCUUUUUUUUUUUUUUUUUGGAAGAGUUUGGUUAUAGCUAAAGUGUAAAAGCUAUUUGAGUGAAAUAAACUACAAAGCAAUGGCUUUGGUAGAAGAUUUAAAAAUGACGGUGAAGGUCCACAAAGAGUCGUAUUUAAUUGGCUUUUAAAAUACAACAUAUGAGUAAUCCAAAUUGUUUACUUUUGCUACAGGAUCUCUUUGUGAACCAGCACCAUUAUAAGUAAGAAUACUUUGAUUUAGCGCCACUUGUUUUUCUUUAUUG